AUGUCGUUCUCUCACAACCACGGACUUGGACCAGAAAAGGAAGUCUCCAGUGCGGCAACUGCGGCUGCUGUCCGGAGGCAACUCCCCACGAAGCACGCCAGCCCCAGGAGACUGUCAGAAGAGUUGAAGGCUCUGCUGGGACAUGAUGCUGACUUCAACGUAGAGGUCCACCACAAUGUCUACAUGAUCGAGUCCAACCAAGACUUUGAUCUGCAGACACUCUACCUCAACUGCAGGCAUACAACCAGGAGAGGCUCCAGUUCAACAUCUUCUGAGUCGGACUAA